AUGCAUUCCGCUUCCGCAAUCACUCUGCUGUCCGCUCUAAGCGUACUCGUCAACGCAGCUCCUGCGAUUGACAAACGACAAGGCCCGGCAACCAGAACAAUCACACAAAAGGCCCCAUUCCAGGAACUCGAGAAGCUACCCGUUCUCCCCAACGGCGUUACGGUUGUGGACUUGAAUAUGUCUGAAUAUGCGUCUUUUGGCUAUCCUGAAGACAGUGACCAGUUCAAAUGCCACGGGACAUGCGGUGCCGUCAUUCGUAUCGCCAAUACUCCCGAAAAGUGUACCCAUCCAUACGCUCAACCCUUUGUCAAUUUCUGCUUCGGGCCCUGUCUUACCCUCAAGAACUUUAAGCCAUACGGCCCUGCACAAAAGUUCAAAGACUCUUGCAAUCUUGUUGUAACUCAGCCUCGAUCAAGCACUGUCGUUUCUACCACAAGCACCACUGCCGAAAGCCCUUCCAGCACGAUCAGUACUAACACCGCCUCGCUGACUUCGACCGCCUCUGUUGCAUAUCCUACCGAGUCCCCAGCUUCAAGCGGACACUCUGCGUCCCCUUCUAAAACGUCAUCUCUUCCCACUGGAUCAGCAGCCGUACGCCCAAGCUCGCACCCGUCAGGUGUUGUCUCUGGAACUGCAAGCGCUCCUACUGCAACAGGCACCCCGAUUAGCACUGCGGUUGUCACUGCCGGUGCUGCUAAUGCUUCCUUCAACGUUCUUGCUGCCAUUACCGUCGCUACUCUUGCUAUUAUUAUCUCCUAG